GGAAACGUGGUCGACUAUUGCCACGUGGUUUCAGGAAUGUACUGCUCAUCAUCGCUGCCUAGAUCACAUCAGGACAAGCUGGUACCCAACCCGUCUCGUCGAGCGCGUUUCCGACACUACAUUCAGAGUUAUACGCUCUGAGACGGCUAAGCCUGGGCAAGGUUAUGUGACCUUGAGCCAUCAGUGGGGAGGCGACGACUUCAUGAAACUUACGCAAGAUCAGGUCCCGGCUUUCGAAGAAGGCCUGCCAAUCAACAAGCUGCGAAGAACAUUCCAAGAGGCUUUAGUGGUUGCUCACAGAAUGAGGAUUCCCUACAUUUGGAUUGAUUCACUAUGUAUCAUCCAGUCGGGGGAUGAUGGCAUGGAUUGGGAGCGUGAAUGUGCCACUAUGGCCGAUGUCUAUUCCAAUUCCAUUUGCAACAUUUCUGCCGACUGGGGCACCGAAGAAAAUGGGCUUUUCUUUCAGAGAGAUGUCUGUGAGACUUGGUGCGGAUUCGAAAUGCGACUGAAAAAGGGAGCGUCAGAAAAGCGCUCAUAUUGGCAGGAAUGGCAGUCCUGCUAUUUGUUGCGCGGAUACAAAUGGAUUGACGAUUUCCUCAGAUCACCGUUGAAUCACCGGGGCUGGGUUACGCAGGAGAGGCUUCUAGCCCCAAGGGUUCUGCAUUUCACACCCCAGCAGGUGUCUUGGGAAUGCACGAGAAUGCUCAGAUCAGAGAAGUGGCCAGCGCAGAAUUUUCGUUCAUCAUCUUUACGCCGCCUAGCCAGAGAGGUGGAUGCCUGCUGGGAGGAGCGGGAGCUUAUGGAACGCCUCAAGCUUCACGACCCCGGCAAAUCAUGGAACCACAAUAAUCUUGUGGACUGGUGGCAUGAUCGAGUCAGCCACUACACGGCUUGUUCUUUUACCAAGGAGUCGGACAAGCUCGUCGCAAUUGCUGGUAUUGCGAAGAAGUUACAGCCCUUGGUGAAGGACCAAUACGUCGCGGGUCUGUGGGCGAAGUCUUUGCCUCGGGCGUUGGCAUGGCGAAGACUCCGGGAGUUCGAUCGUACAACUCGGAUCGUUGAUCAAAAGAGUGUUUACUGUGCACCAACCUUUUCCUGGGCAGCCGCUGAUGGAUACGUAGAAGUACCCAGCUCCGCGGUCGCUAGACGUUUCAACUCUCUGGUAUCCACCGAGUUCAUCAGUUACCGCGAGAGGAACUCCUCCACGGAAGCCGGAGAGCAGCCCACAAUGGAUGACGAAAUUUUGACCAAAGACGUGCUCGGCCUACCGAAGAGCCUCGAGGUGGAAAUUCGGGCGCGCGGAAUCUUACGAUCAUGUCGUCUGAUCGCACCCGAGGAAACAGAGAACGCCUGGGGUCAGCGCGAAAUAAGCCUAUCCAUUGACCUACAGCGCGGUUCCAUCUGCCACAGGAUGGAUCUAGAUUGCGAUCGGGCUGCUGAAUGGGAAGGUGUAGUCAAUCAUUGCCUGUACUAUUAUGCACCCAUAUGCUGGGAGUGCAGUAUCGACCACUUCCCAACUCUCAUAAUCGAGCGAGGACUGUUGAUGCGGUCUGUUGAUGCUAGCAUGGGUCGCUUUGAACGUGUUGGAUAUGUGUCGACCAUGGAUGCAGGUAAGGACUUCCAGGGGAUUAAACAACUCGGAAACGAGAAGUAUUUGCCGGCUUGGAGCUACGAUGAAGUCAUGAAGGAGCACACCUUUUACAUAGUCUAA